GAAUUUGUAUUUGUAUAUGCUCUUUGUUUAGAUUAAGACCACAAAAAAUAAACAUAGAACCUUAACUGAAUGUUCUUUCGGUUUCUUCUCUAAUUAUAUUAUUACUCAUUGAUAAUCUAGCUUCGAAAUUUGCUUCAACAAUGGAAUUUGAAGAUCAUGAGGAACAUGAGGAAGAGUUAUGUAUGGGUGCAGCGAGUUACGACUCGUUACCUAACUCGUCACGAGUUAAGAUGCCAGGUGGCACUGAAGCUAUUAUGGUUACUCAUCCACUCAGAAACAUCAUCAACAACAGCAACAACGGAAACAGUAACAGCAACAGCAACAACAACGGGAACAGUAACAACAAUAACAACAUCAGUAGCAUCAGUAACAGCAACAUCGGUGUCGGAAACGGAAAAGCGAGGUAUAGAGAGUGUUUAAAGAAUCAUGCUGUCGGAAUCGGAGGUCAUGCUUUAGACGGUUGCGGCGAGUUUAUGCCGGCGGGGAAUGAAGGAAGUUUGGAGUCACUAAAAUGCGCUGCGUGUAACUGCCACCGUAAUUUCCACCGCAAGGAGUCGGCUGACUUCACCGGAGUGGAUCCUUUUCUGUUGACGCACCACCACCACCAUGCGCCGCCUCAGCCGCAGUUCGCAGCUUAUUAUCGAACUCCGGCGGGGUACUUGCAUGUUUCGGGACAGCAGAGGCCGGGGACGCUUGCUCUACCGUCUACAUCCGGAGGCGGUGCAGGGACGCAGAGCACGAGGGAGGAUCAAGAUGAAGAUAUUUCGAAUCCGAGCGGAGGUUCGAGUAAGAAGCGGCACCGGACGAAGUUUACGGUGGAACAGAAGGAUAAGAUGUUGCAGUUGGCUGAGAAAUUGGGGUGGAGAAUUCAGAAACAUGAUGAAGGUUUGGUUCAAGAAUUCUGCAAUGAAAGUGGUGUGAAGCGUCAUGUUCUUAAGGUUUCAUCUUGAGGGAAAAUGUGGAAGUGGAAGUGGGAGUAGAAUGGAACAUUAUAAAUAAUUAUUUAAGGUACUUAAUUUGUGUUAAUGUUGGACUAGGAGGGUUAAGUUAAGGUAAGAAGAUUCUAGUAUUAGAAUUAAUUAGAGGUUAUAUUAUUAUUAUUAUUAUUGUUAUUGUUGUUGUUAAUGAUGAUGUGUAGAAUGUAGAUGUUAUCUAUGGUGAAUGAAUGAAUGCAUUUGGAUUUGGAAUGUGGAGUAAGAAUUUAGAAGGUUAAGGUAAUUAGAUAUUUGAUGAUGAUAAU